AUGUUUUCGAUACUGCUGUUGUUGGCUGUUUCGUCGACUUUCGCGGCACACUAUGAGGAAGAAUUCCUGAAGAUGAAAAGCCAUCUUUCAAAAAUGAGGGCUGACAUGAAUUGGGAGUUUGGACUAAAUAGUCGAUUCAAUGGAAUGUCUGAAGAGGAAAUGAGACAACUGAAUGGUGACAAUUUCGAUGCGAGUGGUAGCUAUCCGGUGAAAGAAGUCAGCACCCUCGGUGAUUUGCCGGAAUCUUUCGACGCACGGCAGAAAUGGCCAAAAUGCCAGUCGAUGAGACUCAUUCGAGACCAGUCAAAAUGUGGCUCCUGCUGGGCCGUAUCAUCUGCUUCCGUGAUGUCUGAUCGUCAGUGCGUUAUUUCUGAUCAAGAGGACCAAACCUACAUUUCGGAUGAAUACCUUUUAUCCUGUUGUCCGAACUGUGGUUCCGGGUACAAAUAUUUACAAAUACAAAUAUAUACAUCAAUAAUUUCAUAA